UUUAGUACUUGAUUCUUAUUCGUUAAUUUCAUCCUUUUAUUACCAUAAUUUUUCUUGUAUCAGGUUUCGAAGCCUCUGUACUGUUUUCCUACGCGACGCAAUGGGAUUUUUGCUUGUCUUCGAUCUGACUAAUGAAAAGAGCCUGCUUAAUUGUCGUGAUUGGAUGAGCUUGCUCUGCCAACACGCCUACUGUGAUCGACCUGAUGUUGUGUUGGUCGGAAACAAAGCAGAUCUCACAGAGGAACGCACCGUCACCCUGUCUAUGGCGAAUGUGGUUGCUAGAGAGCUAGGAUAUGCUUGA